AUGGGCACCAGUCUGCCCCGCGCCGCCCCACUGGCAGCCAAUCCAACCUACUACCAGCUGCCCCAGAAGGGUGCCGAGCCCAAGGGACUGGUGAAGCGGCACCUGAGGAAGCAUCACUACGCCACGGCCGAGGUGACCGCGGCCUUUGAGCGUGGCCUCCUAGUCGACAACCAAAAGCCGGAGGAGACGGAGCCGGUUCCGGAGCCAGCACCGGACACACGCGCCGGCUCACCCCAGGCGGCCCCCGCAGCUCGGGCAGCAGGGGCCGAUGCUGCAAACGCCGCGGCUAUGCAGUCGCUGUCGGCAUUGAACGCCAUGCAGUCGCAAGUGAGGACGAUGUCACUGGUCAUCGGAGGCCUCGCCCUCCUGAAUGCCGGGCUCGUUGCGGCCCUUGUCCGCUCCAAGCGCUGA